AUGACCGGUUUUGUGUGCAUCCUUCCUAGGUAUCAGCUGAAUAAGAUUGUGGUGGACACGGAGGCGGGCCCACAUCGAAACCGCACAGUCCUUUUCCUUGGCUCCAGUCGCGGGUCUAUCCUCAAGUUUCUCAUCAUGCCCAACCCAGACAACACGGUCACCAGCAGCAGCGUCUUCUUAGAGGAGCUGGAAGGAUUCAACCCGGAGAAGUGUGCAGAGGACUCCCCCACUGCCCGCCAGCUGCUGUCCCUUACCCUGGACAGGACCAGCCACACUCUGCUGCUGGCCUUCCCCUCCUGUGUGGUCCGUGUUCCCGUGGCUCGCUGCCAGCUCUACUCUCGCUGCAUGAGGAGUUGUAUAGCCUCCAGAGAUCCUUACUGCGGCUGGACCAAAGGGAGCACCUGUUCCUUCCUGCGGCCGGGGACCAGACUGCCGUUUGAGCAGGACGUGGAGCAGGGGAACGUGGCCCACCUUGGGGACUGCGAUGGAGCCCUUCUCAAGGAGAGCUUCAUAGAUGAACCCGACGGCCUGGUGUCGGUGAACCUGCUGGUGGUGUCUGCCGUGUCGGCCUUUGCCACUGGAGCCGUGAUUUCAGGACUGGCCGUGUGCUGGAUCAUGAGCCACAGGCAUCGGCACUCUAAGUGUGGAGCCAACACGUCCCGCAGGAAGAGCGACAAAGAGCAGAGCAUGCUGGCCCAGGGGCGCACCGGCUCGGUCAUGAGCGUGACCAGGACCAGUGGAGGAGAGAGGCGGCGCUCCCAGCCCGAUAACCUCUUCGUCAUGCACAACGGCUGGCCCAAAGACAUGGACCCAGGCCUGCUGCCCACUCCAGAGCAAACCCCCUUGCAGCAGAAGAGGAGCAUGCGGCUUCCUGACACCGACUGGGACCAGAGCCAGACCUUCCUGACCGCCUGCCCCAACAACUCUGUCAUCUACCUGAGCUCAAAGUUCUUACAUGGAGGAGGAGGGGGGAUGGUAAGGAUAGAUGACCCCGGCGAGGUGGUACUUCCACCCCACACUGAACGCCAGCGUUACUUGAUCCUGGCGGCGCAGAGAGGAGAGCGUCCCUCAGGCACCCUGCGGAACUCAGCAGGGGACUACAUCUACCCCGCCACGCCGCAGGACUCCCCUGACCGGCGCAGGGUGGUGUCUGCACCUGCCCCUCACAUGGACUACGGAGACCCACGCUGGACUCAUGAGGCCCUCAACUACAACGCCAACAAUGCGGCUCUCUACCACCCGCAUCGGCACGGGCUCAUCCGGCCUGACAUGCAGGGCCCGCGGGGGCUGGGGGAGCUGGCAGACUUCAGCCAUCUCCUGGUCAAGAACAUGGGAGAGCGCACACCGAGUGGUCAGUGA